ACUCAUUCAAAAUUUACUACGUCUUGCCAACUAGUCUCUUCCGAAUUGAAGAUAUCUCUACAUAUUUCAAUUAGUGCGCAAUCAUGGAUCACCUCAAGGGAACAUUUGCACAAUGCAAGAAGGAGGGAAGAGUAUGUCAAGUUUUCGAUCUUCGGUUCGCCUUCGGAGGCUAAUCAUUUUGGUAGCCAGCACUGGUAACCUAUGUUACCGCGGGGUUCCCAACACCUCAAGAGACGGUGGAUAUUCUCUUGGGAAUGGAAGCUGGUGGUGCAGGUAUUUCUAUCAUGCUCCUAUAUUUUGACAAAUUGUAUUUUAAUAUAUUGUUUAGAUGUCAUUGAACUCGGACUCCCAUUUACAGAUCCAAUUGCCGACGGACCAACGAUACAAAAGUCAAAUACUGUCCGUACAAACCUUCACACUAUGAACACCAGCUCAUUGAAAACUCGCAGAUUGCAUUGAAGAAUGGCGUUACGGUUGAAUCAGUCCUACAAAUGGUACGGGAGGCACGAAAGAAGGGAUUGCGCGCACCAGUAUUGUUUAUGGGCUACUACAACCCAAUGCUGAGAUAUGGUGAGGAGAGAUUGUUGAAAGAUUGUAAAGAGGCUGGUGUCAAUGGCUUCAUUGUCGUUGAUCUCCCACCAGAAGAAGCUGUGAGCUUCCGAAAUUUCUGCACAAGAGGAGGGUGAGUCAUGUCUAAAUACCCGGUAUUGAGUUACACUGACAUGUACCUUGCAGAUUAUCUUAUGUUCCCCUUAUUUCGCCAGCCACCUCCAAGUAUCGGAUGAAACUCCUCUGCAAACUCGCCGAUUCCUUCGUCUAUGUCGUUUCUCGAAUGGGUGUUACUGGUGUUACUGGUACCAUGAACAAGGGGCUGCCGGCUCUUCUCGAGCGUGUGAAAGAAUGGUCAGGGAAUGUUCCCGCAGCUGUGGGUUUUGGUGUCAGCACAAGGGAACAUUUUUUGAGUGUAGCCUCAAUUGCUGAUGGUGUUGUCAUUGGAAGCCAACUUAUCAUAACCCUCUCAGAUGCGCCAGCUGGUCAAGGGGCUAAGGCUGUAGAGGAAUACUGUGCAUCUGUCUGUGGUCGAAGGAAUACUCCAACUAAUGGAUUAAAAACAGAAAACGGGGAUCACGUUCACGUCAACGGCGUAAUCAAAGAGGCAACUGGAGUCAAUCUGGUUGACCAACUCCAGGCUCUCAAUGCUGAUAGUCCUUUCGAUGCAGCUGUAUUGGCGGCACGAUUUGGUCAGUUCGGUGGACAGUAUGUGCCUGAAUCUUUGAUGGAUUGUUUGUCCGAACUUGAAGAAGGAUUUAAUAAAAUCAAGGAUGAUCCAGCUUUCUGGGAGGAGUAUCGCUCAUACUACCCUUGGAUAGGACGACCUGGACAGCUUCAUUUGGCUGAAAGACUAACUGAGCACGCUGGUGGAGCCAACAUUUGGCUGAAGAGAGAGGACCUGAAUCACACCGGAAGUCACAAGAUCAACAAUGCUUUGGGCCAAAUCUUACUUGCUCGAAGAUUAGGGAAAACCGAAAUUAUCGCCGAAACAGGAGCUGGACAACACGGUGUUGCUACUGCAACAGUAUGUGCAAAAUUCGGAAUGAAGUGUACUAUCUAUAUGGGGGCUGUAAGUAAACAAGUCAUUCAUCCCCUUCAACCUACUAAUCCCGUUCUAGGAAGACGUAAGAAGACAGGCUCUCAAUGUUUUCCGUAUAAAGCUUUUAGGUGCCGACGUCGUUGCUGUAGAAGCGGGUUCUAGAACUCUUCGUGAUGCUGUAAAUGAAGCACUUCGCGCCUGGAUUGUUAAGCUAGAUACUACGCAUUAUAUUAUCGGCUCAGCAAUUGGUCCUCAUCCUUUCCCAACAAUUGUCAGAACCUUCCAAUCGGUCAUUGGAAACGAGACCAAAGCUCAAAUGCAGGAGAAGCGUGGUAAGCUUCCUGAUGCAGUAGUUGCAUGUGUUGGUGGUGGAAGUAACGCCUCGGGAAUGUUCUACCCAUUCUCCAAUGAUCCAAGCGUCAAACUUCUCGGAGUUGAGGCUGGUGGAGAUGGGGUAGACACCGAUCGUCAUAGUGCAACUCUCACUGGUGGUUCGGUUGGUGUUCUUCACGGUGUGCGAACCUACGUCCUACAGAAUGAACAUGGUCAAAUCUCAGACACCCACUCCGUCUCUGCUGGUCUUGAUUACCCUGGUGUCGGACCCGAACUGUCGUCCUGGAAAGAUAGCGAGCGUGCGAAAUUCAUCGCUGCCACUGAUUCCGAGGCAUUCAUCGGUUUUAGACUCCUCAGUCAGUUAGAGGGUAUCAUCCCGGCGUUGGAAACAUCACAUGCUAUCUUUGGCGCUAUUGAAUUAGCUAAGACCAUGGAAAAAGGACAAGACAUUGUGAUCUGUGUUAGUGGGAGAGGUGAUAAGGAUGUGCAGAGUGUGGCAGAUGAGUUACCGACGAUCGGCCCCAAGAUUGGGUGGGAUUUGAGAUUUUAA